CAGCGGAGGCGGUCGGCGUGUUCCUCCCCCCCACCACCACACACACUUUGAGGCUCCCUGCCGGCACGCGACGGAGAAGACAGACAGUUGUCCCCGCUCUGCGCCGCCGACCGGCAGAAAACAGCGUGCCAGAUGGAUAUGCGCUCCUCUACUACUACCACCACCGCCGCCGCCGCUGCUGCUGCUGCUGCGUUGCAUCUCUCAAAGUGAAAAGACUCGCUCUGCAAAUGUGCGUCCCCUGCUUCACAAACUUGGACCGCUGCCUGUGUUCAGGCAGCCCUGCAAACCUCUGCCACUGCUGACUAACGAUGUGGUGGACAAUGGUGUGACACCGCAGACGGACCUUAUACCUCAGAACUAAUUCCAAACUAUUACCACAUCAACUUUUCCUCUGCGGAUGAAGAUUUGUUUGUCCGGUUUAUGUGGAAGUGCCCUGAGUUCCCACACCUUUCUUUUUUUUUAUUUAGCGGUAAUUACAUUCCCACCUGGACUUAUUUGACUGUCCAAAAUCCAAGAAAGAUCUGACUUGAAGGGAUGCGUAAACGGGAAUGAUGCUCUGCUUUUUUACCUUCUGUCGUUGCUGACGCAUGUUGGGAGCGAGAUGGGACUGUGAACUACAGUAUGUGGAGUCAUUCCUGAGGACUGAGUCGCUGCUCCCCGCGGGUGCAUGGAGAAGAGCAGCCCGAGGAUGACGGGCGGAACCCGGGAGGCGCCGCUGAACUCCUCGCCGGCGGUGGCGGCCAACGCGGAGGGCGAGGAGAUCGAGGUUUUGGAAAGUACCGACGUCCUUCCCGUGGCUCCAGAGGACUAUGACCCAGAGAAUUCAGGCUUCAUCAGUACAGAGCGGUUCAGGGACCUGCUGGCGACUCACGGCUCUGAGCUUGACCCCCACAAGCUGGAAGUGCUGCUGGCCCUCGCCGAUGGCAACGCUGAUGGAAAAAUCUGCUACCAGGACUUUGUGAACCUGAUGAGUAACAAGCGUUCCAACAGUUUCCGGAGGGCCAUUCUGCAGGGGAGCAGGCAGCUUAAAGGCUGCAGUCUCAGAGAUGAGGUCGGCCUGGGGCUCUCUCAGCGGCUGGUCCGGCAUGUCGCCUAUGAGACGCUUCCCCGCGAGGUCGACCGCAAGUGGUACUUUGACAGCUACACCUACUGUCCCCCGCCCUUGCUCAUCCUGGCCAUCACCAUUGCUGAGGUAGCCGUGUUCAUAUACUACGGGUUCCAGCUGGACCGUGUGGUCCUACAGGUGUCCAGCCCGUCGUUCCUGAAGAGCCCCUUACCUUACCAUCCCCAGUUGCGAGCCCAGGCCUGGAGGUACCUCAGCUACAGUUUCAUGCACACUGGCAUUGAACACCUAAGCCUGAACAUGGCCAUGCAGCUGCUGGUGGGAGUUCCUCUAGAAAUGGUCCACGGAGCCCUGAGGAUUGGACUGGUCUACGUGUGUGGUGUGCUGGCAGGGUCUCUGGCAGUGUCUGUCACUGAUAUGACGGCUCCAGUGGUUGGGUCAUCUGGGGGAGUGUAUGCCCUGGUCUCAGCACACUUGGCUAAUGUUGUGAUGAACUGGUCGGGAAUGAAGUGUCAGUUCAAGUUAUUCCGGAUGGCCAUGGCUCUGGUCUGCAUGAGUGUAGAGUUUGGUCGGGCGGUGUGGUUGCGGUUCUACCCUCCAGCCUUUCCGCCGUGUCCCAACCCCAGUUUUGUCGCUCACCUUGGAGGGGUGAUGGUCGGUCUGACACUGGGUGUGGUGGUCUUGCAGAACUAUGAGCAGCGACUCCAGGAGCAGUCCCUGUUUUGGAUCUUUUUCUGCGUCUACACCUUGUUUGUGCUUUGCGCCGUCUUCUGGAACAUUUUCGCCUACAGCUUGCUUGAUGUGCGACUGCCCCCGCCACCAUGAUUUGCCUAUUAGAGGCAGACAAGACACUGUAUCCCUUUUAUUCCUCCAUCAGUAAAUCCCUGACUGCCUGGCUGGAUGAGUCACCUCAGCACCUCACAUUAUGAGCUUCAUUGUGGCGUGAUUAGAGUCGUCUAUCAGCCCCCUUCCUCCUCCAUCCAGUGCUGUGAUGCAGGUAUACCUGACUUUCAGCAGCCCUCUUUGUCCAUCUUGUUGUACAUUUUUCAACCCACCUGCUACCUUUUUGGGUUAAGCCUUACCUUUGUUCCCACUAACCAUACAAGUUAACCGCCACCUGCUUUUGUCUUCAUCUUUGUUGGACGCUCGUCUCAAGAGUAUCAGCCAGUGGGACCUGUGUUGACAACACUGUGCUGAUAAAUGAGAAGCCUUGGAUCUAACACAACAGGAACAAGCAGGAACAGUCCUGUCCACAUGGCUUAACCUUCUCUGCCUCUUCCUCUUCAAUCCAGCGGUGCCUACUCAUGGAGACUUCAACCUGAUGAAAGUAUUUCUGCACAGUUGCCUCUUGUGUAGGGUGACAGCAGUAAAAGCCCUGCAGUAUAAACUGUUUUCAGACUAAAUAAAUUACUGAAAAUCCUGUUAUCUCCUUGUGCCCUCUUCAUUAGUAAAUGAAGAAUAAGGUCAUAUGAGAAUUUAGGCUUAGUUGGUGUUUUGUCACCAUUACAAGCAGCUCAGGAGCGGUACACGUGAGAAGUACACGUAAAACUGAUAAGCAGGAUAGCUAAACCUCUCCUCGUUUCAGUACAGAGAGAGCAUGGACUAUAUAGGCUACAUCAACGUUCAAAGGUUAUGAAUUUACCUUUGAAGGAAAGUGUGGGUUGGUAUUCAGUGUUGCCUUCAGCGUUUGGCACUUCCCCAGAGGAGGAUUAAUUUGUGUUCAGUGCUAUUUGAACCUCAGACUUUUGUCUUUGACAUUUUUUUGUGUGUGUGUGCAAGGAGUGUGACUAUUGUACCGUUAUGUGUACAGAUAAAAAAAAAAGAAGCAGAAGUGCCAUUCAGACUUUAAGCUUUCGAAAAUGAUGCCAAAAUAUUGCUACAAGCACCAGGGGAGGAGCACAGCCCCAGACAAGUAUCGCUUUUGCAUUAGCAAAAUUAAUCUAAUUUUGUCUGUAAGGAGUCGGUCGAAUGUAACAGAAAUUUUUCAUGAUCUCUAAAGAAUUUCUCACUGACCCCUCUAGGCAUUUGCAGUGUUUUUUGUGGUGGAUGAAAACUGAGAAAGGACCGACAGAAGUUUAUUUAUUGAUUGGUGACUUGGUGAGUGAAGGAAAGUGGGAUUAAACUAAUGAAAGCAUUGACCACUGGGGGCAGCUGGGGCCGCUAUGAAUAAAUCACGUCUUUUUCACAUUACCAAACGUAGAAGAGCACACAUGCCUGACCUCAACUGCAUCCGGGACGGGGUCGUUUCACUCUCAGUUCAGGAGGCAGUGGGGGAAAGAAGCAAAUCAAUGCUCUCUCAUUAGGUUCUGUCACAACUUAAAUUGUUAAUUGAUUGAACUGGGAUAGAAAGCGACCCCAGCCCUAAGCUGUAAGUCUCAAAACUGUACUGUACUUUAACCUCAUGUUACAUUGGUAACUGCUUCGCACAAACACUAUUAUAAUGUAAUUAAAUACAGAUUAAUAUUUUAACAUGCAUUUGCUGUUGAUUUUAUUUUUACUUGGUGAUAUUGGUAUGUUGUGUAAAUUGUUUGGUCGGUCUGCAUUGUGAUAUGUUAGCUAUAUCCUGUAUGUAUCCUAUUUAAAAAAAAAUGGUUAUAAAGAUGGUCUUGGAUUGUAUAUAAUAAGGGCUAUGACACAAAACUGAGUGAGGGGUAAAUCACUG